UUUCCACAACAUAAAAAACGUUUGCGGUAGAGGGAAUUUUCCCGGAAAGAAUUUCAUAAUUGCGUACGGGGAAAAAGAAAAACAAUGCAGUGUCAUAUCUGUCAAACUCAGUUAUCCGGGUACGUAUGUCAAUAGAGGAAGUCUACGCAGCUCGUUGUGCAAGAAGUACUGGUGGUAGCGGUGGUGGCGCAUGGAAGUGUUUUGUUGAUGGAAUCCGUGGCCUUCCGAAAGGUUUCGGUUGUUCAGUUCCUCGGUGAUUUUGUGCGUUCGUGCCUGUAGAUUGGAUAAUUUGUCCCGUGAUUGUGUCAUCAGCAUGGCAUUCUGAAACGCGUUUUUCUUUUGUUGGAAACGGUGAAGCACACAACCGCUACGUCUCAUUAUCCGGGGCCCUUUGGUAAUACUUGGCAGUGAUUUGCUUUUGAAUAUGUUGUGCCAUCCCGUUCGGUAUUGUGGAAAAGGAUCGUUAACGUGCGAAAACCAUCGACCAGCAAAAUCCCGAGUGUAAUCGAACGUGAGUCGGCCAUCAUUGUUAAUUAAAAGUUAGCUUUGUAGACGAUUUUUUGCAAAUACGGUAUACAAAGCCGGCGUUCAGCAAACAAAUCAAGUGUCAAAUCUCGGCGGAUUAUUGGAAGUAGUCCACCUCAGUAGCCGGAGGUCGUUGGACAGAGCAAUCCUUAAAAAUCGUGAAAGAAUGUGGAUCAGUGCCAUGCGGUAGAUGCUAAAUCUGAGCAGAACGAGCAAUAACGGGUGACCCGUAAGAAUGCUGGAUCGAUCCGAUUCGUACGAAUAUGGUACUGGAGCGGCACUAGGUACGAGGCCGAAGGCAAACGCAAAUAGUAGAAAUCUUCAUUCAAGGAAUCAACAUAAAUCUCGGCCAACAGCUACAUCAACAGCAGCAACACUCAUUAGCGAUAAGCGACACACGGCAAUAGAAUCUCACAACCAUUUGGUUCGAAGUGCGGCACAAAACAUAGCCAACACUGAUCCCGUGCGGAAGUAACGUAAGCUACUAGACGUUAUCGGUGGUCGUCAUGAUAGCUUAUCUGUCGAAAAUGCGUUCGUCGGCGUCGGAAAUGAGUAGUUCCGAAACUACCCAAUUUCUAAAACUAUCCAGUGCCGUUUUUUACGGCCUGUCAUCGUUCCUGAUUACUGUAGUCAAUAAGACCGUACUGACCAGCUACCGAUUUCCUUCGUUCCUCGUACUCAGCCUCGGUCAGCUGACCGCCAGCAUCGUGGUGCUGUUUGUCGCGAAACGAUUACAGCUGGUGAAGUUUCCCGAUUUUAGCCGGGAUAUUCCGAGGCGAAUAUUCCCGCUGCCACUAAUCUAUCUCGGUAACAUGAUGUUCGGUUUGGGUGGCACCCAAGCCCUGAGCCUGCCGAUGUUUGCCGCCCUGCGAAGAUUUUCUAUUCUACUGACAAUGCUGCUAGAGUUGCUAGUGCUCGGAAUACGGCCCACGCUUGCCGUGAAAGUUAGCGUAUUUGCCAUGGUCGGAGGCGCACUGAUGGCCGCCCUAGACGAUCUUUCCUUCAAUCUGCAGGGCUACAUGUACGUGAUGAUCACAAAUACGCUUACGGCGGCGAACGGAGUCUACAUGAAGAAGAAGCUGGACACGGCCGACAUGGGAAAGUACGGACUGAUGUACUACAACUCGCUGUUUAUGAUUCUGCCAGCAUUUGUCGGAACCUGGCUGGCCGGUGACAUCGAUCGUGCGUGGCAGUAUGAAGGAUGGAACGAUCCGUUCUUUGCCACCCAGUUUCUAUUGUCCUGCGUAAUGGGUUUCAUCCUGUCGUACAGCGUCAUACUCUGUACGCAGCAUAACUCUGCCCUUACCACCACCAUCGUUGGGUGUCUGAAGAACAUCAGCGUUACCUACAUCGGGAUGUUCAUCGGUGGCGAUUACGUGUUUUCGUGGCUUAAUGCGCUCGGCAUCAACAUCAGUGUGGCCGGCAGCUUGCUGUACACCUACGUAACCUUUCGCAAGAAACCAAACAGUUCCGGUGGUGGUGGAGAUACGACCUCGUCCGACAAAAAGCUGCUUCUUCCCGCGGCCGGAAGAAUCGAUAACGUGCGUACUUACAGUUUCGCCAUGUUUGCUCGAAAAAGUUUCCCGAUGCUUUCGGUUAGUAGGAAAUGUGCGUAUCGUUUUCUAACCACCACUUCCGCUGGAACCGAGGGAACUGCGGCAAUCAACGUUUCCUUGAACGAUGGAGAGCAACAGCAAACAGCUCCGGAGAUAGACGAAUUCACAAAAGAAUUCCAUCGGAAUCGAAUCCAAGUUAGCGACAUCCAAAGAUUAAUCUUGAGCGCCGGAAGUUCGGUCGCUGCUUUAAUUGAUCCACGAAGACAUGAUAUGAUUGCCUGCCUUGGCGAAACCACCGGCAGAGAGGCUUUGGAAAAAAUGCUUUAUUAUAUGCGGUCCACCGAAGAGGGACAACAAAUUCUUAGGGAGAAACCCCGCAUCAAUACACGCACGGUGAACAUGGAAGCACUGAAAACGCUUCCUGAAAAUACAUUCGGAUAUACGUACGUUAAAUUUAUGGAAGACAAUAGUAUUACUCCCGACUCACGGAUGGAAGUGCGAUUUUUAGAUGAUCCAGAGCUUGCGUACGUGAUGACACGCUACAGAGAAACGCACGAUAUGGUACACGCUAUUCUCGACAUGCCCACCAACAUGUUGGGUGAGGUAACGGUCAAAUGGGUGGAAGCAUUAAAUACUGGCCUACCGAUGUGCUAUGGUGGUGCCGUGUUUGGUGCUUUUCGACUGCGUCCCAAGCAAAGGCAAAACUAUCUUCGCCAGUAUUUACCCUGGGCUCUUCGAACGGGGCGUCGCAUCAAACCACUUAUGACGGUGUACUGGGAAAAGCGAUGGGAUCAGGAUGUUAGUGAGCUACGCAAAGAGUUAUACAUUGAAUUGCUGAAUGGCAAAUAAACUCCCGUGCCAGCCACCUCGCGUCAUCUAUUUCAGGAAUAAAAUUAGGUAAAUCUGUU